AUGGCCUCGCAAAAUGAGCGUACCUCCGAGCUCACUGACGAGGAAGUCGAGAGACAGUCCGAACUUCAAGAUUCCACUGAAGAGCUACCUUUGUUGCCGUCGGAUCCAAUUCCUUCAACCUGGAGCCCGCCGCCAGGAUUCACCUUGAUUCAAAUUGCGAUCAUGGCCAAUGUGUUCCUGGGCGGUUUUGAUGGCACAAUCACGGCCUCAACCUAUGCCGUGAUCAGCUCCGAAUUCAAUGCCGCCAACACUGCUUCGUGGUUGACUACCUCGUACUUGAUCACGAGCACGGCGUUCCAACCUCUCUAUGGUCGAUUCUCCGAUCUCCUCGGUCGGCGCGCUUGUUUCUUCACUGCCAGCAUCACCUUCAUGGCUGGUUGCUUGGGAUGUGCAUUGGCCCGCGACGUAGUCUUUUUGAAUCUCAUGCGCGCCUUGACGGGAAUUGGAGGUGGCGGAUUGAUGACGAUGGCAACCAUCAUCAAUUCCGAUUUGAUCCCUUUCCGCCAACGUGGUAUGUACCAGGCCAUUCAAAACGUCUCGUACGGCUUUGGCGGCAUCUGUGGUGCAUCUUUCGGUGGUUCCAUUGUGGACUCAAUCGGCUGGCGCUGGUGCUUCCUCCUGCAGGUUCCAGUUUCCUUGUUCGCCUUGGUCAUGGGCUAUUUAGUCUUGAAAUUUCCAGCCAACGCUGCUAGUACACUCGAUCAGCCGAGACGGAGCAUUUGGCACCAGAUCGAUUUGCUGGGCGCAUGCCUGCUCAUUCUGGCUCUCUCGGCCCAACUUGUGGGACUGAGCCUGGGCGGAAACCUCCUCCCUUGGACUCAUGUUUGGGUUAUUCUGCCCUUGAUGUCUAGUGUGGUUCUUGUGGGUGCGUUUGUCGCCGUCGAAGCGACAACCACUGCGGUGCCUUUGAUUCCAUUGAAGAUGUUACGUGGACAGCUCGCCAUAUCUACACAGAUCGCCAAUGUCUUCGUGGGAAUGGCAGCAUACGCGUUCCUCUUCACUCUGCCUCUCAUGUUCCAGGUGAUUCUCCUCGACUCACCUAGCAAGGCUGGCAGUCGACUGGUAAUACCAUGUCUAUUCACCCCGUUAGGUGGUCUCAUAGCCGGGAUUGUCAUGUCACGCUGGGGAAAGCUGGCCUACCUUGUACGCACCGGUGCGGUUCUGAUGUUUAUCGGUAACCUCCUCGUCGCGCUGCUCCGCUUCGAUGACUCGCAAUGGAAAUAUUUCGUCUUUGUGAUUCCCGCCAACUUGGGUCAGGGGAUAGUGUACCCAGGUCUCCUAUUCACAUUCUUGGCAGCCUUCGACCAUGCCGGUAAGCUGCUUUCCCCGCCCAUCUCUGCUUUCCGACGCCAGCUGUAUCCCUGGAAUUUAUACACCACCAAGGCUAUCAAGCUCACUCUGUUAACCGUAACCGUGCCGUGUACAGACCACGCCGUCUCCGCUUCGACCGUCUACCUCGUCCGUUCACUCGGCACCGUUUGGGGAGUCGCUGUGACCUCCACUAUCAUGCAGAAUACAUUGAACUCAGGCCUCGGGGAGGCCUUGAGUGGAAUACCAGACAAAUGGAAAUUGAUUGACGAAAUUCGCCAUUCGGUCUCCGCUAUUUAUGAUCUUCCCCCCGACGUACAAAUGGCCGCUAGGCUGGUGUACUACCGCGGCAUCCGACUCUCCUUCAUCGCAUCUGCGCUCUUUGCGCUCGCCGCGACGGUCGCCGCACUGUUCACCCGUGGAAAGGGACUGGAGCGAGCGGGCAAGUAA